UGUUCGGUUUUUGUGAGCGGGUGCACGCAGUGUGAGCAAGCGGUGCGGGGUUUUUUCUGCGCUGGCUUCCGUUCUAGGUGGCGUGCGAGAGCGAGACACCCGCACCCGUGCGUCCACUGUGCUCUUGUGGCGGAAUGUGCGCUGCCGUGUCGACGGCAAAGAGCGAGCGAGAGCGUGCAGGCGUGCGAGCGAGAGCGCGCGCGCGCGCGCGCGAGAGAGCGAGCAGCAGCGAACGAUCGUGCAGGCCGAUCGUACGCCCGAGUGCGAGCGAGCAAGGAGCGCACGCAGCAACGGAGCAGCAGGCUGGCGGCUUGGCGAGCGUCGCGUUCGGUCGGUGCGCUUCAGUUGGAGGUAGAACGUUGCAAAGAAUUAACGCAUCCCAUCCGCAUCGCUCCCAGGCGGCAGAAUCGCUCCCGGGGAGUAACAGGCAGCAGGCAGCAGUGUCACAAGUCAGUAGCAAUCAGCAGCAGCAACCGUGUGCGGCGUGCACAGAACGCCCCCAAUUGCCCCAGCAACCUCAGUGUGUGUGCUCCCUUUUUGCGGUGCAGUGUGUAAGUCUUCACAGCGCGCCCAACAAGGAUCCCCACCAACAGCAACAGCGUGGCAAAUUCAAAGCAAAAAAAAACACACACACACAUCAACCAACAAUCGAUCCCAAAAUUCAAUGUGUGUGUGUGAGUGAGUGUGCCGCACGGGAUAAGUGUGUGUUUUUUUUUUAAACUUGCGCUGCAUUGCGCAAAUGCUUGCGUGCUGCGCCGUGUGUCCUUCCGCGCGCGCGCACCUGUGUGUGUGAGAGGAAGGAAAGCAGGGGGCUUUGUGUGUGCGUGUGUGUGUGUGUGUGGGUGUAAAUGAUAAAAAGCGCACCAAGCAUCCGCAACAGUGUAAAAAUAUAACACACCCCAAAAAAAGCAAAAGAAAGAUAAUUUCCUCAACAUUGUGAAAAGUUUCUGUGUGUACGUGCGUGCGUGUGUGUGUAUGCAGUUUUUUAAUGUGUAGUUGCCCCCCACCAUCGUCGGUGUGUUGGGAAAAAUCUGGGCUAAAAGGACAGAGAGCGUGUGAGGGGUAGGUGAGCGGGCCUGCCCGAGGGAACUGUUUUUUUUUGUUGCUGGUUUUUCCGGCUCUCUCGCCUCUCCAGUGCAGAUACAUUUUCCACCGAAGCAAGGGCUGCGGGAGCUCUGCUUUGGCGUGCUGGAUGCGCCCCUAACCAUUAUCGAGUUUGUGUGUGAGCGAGAGAGAGAGAGAUAGAGAGAGAAAGAGUUGUGAGAGCAGCAGCAAACAACAGGCAACAGCAUGCCGAAGAUCUUCCUGAUCAAGAACCGGCUGCACCAGCAGCAGCUGCGGCUGGUGGAGGAGGCGCAGAAAAACACCCACUCGGGGCCGGGCGGCGGCGGCGGCAGCAGCGUGGUCGACGAUGCGGUCGGUAGCGGCGGCGGCAGCGAGGUCGGCAGCAACGAGCCACUGUCGCUGGUGUCCCGGAAGCGCGAGCACGACGAUUCGGCCGAGCACGACAUAUUCAGCGAAGAGAACCGUCUCAGCCCGCCGUGCCGGAAGCGGGCGGCCUCCCCAUCGCUGUCCAUCUUUGCCAGUGCGGAGCGGCACGAGGCUGGCGGCAACGCGGCAAACGCCGCCAACAGCUUCCCCGCCGGUGCCGGGUCGGCCUACAGCAGCAGUGCCGGCGGCGGUGCCAGCAGUCUCGCGGCGUACCACCGAAACGCAGCGUUCAGCCUUUACCACAGCGGUCUCACUGCCAAAGAAUCGUCCAUCAACAACACCGCCGCCAGCCACCACCAUCAGCCGCGGCUUUUCAUCGGCGGCGGUGGUGGUGGUCGGCGCCCUCAGCCACUGCCGCCCCGUCCGUCGGCGGCGGCCUUCGAGAAGAGCAAGGAGGACGACGCGACCAGUGGCGAUGAGCGACCGGCAACGCAACGGGCAGUGCCGUUGGUGAGUCAGCGCAAGCAGCAGCAGCAGCCGCCCGCACCAGCCUCAUCACCGGUGACACCCACCUCACCGUGCACAGUCCCACCAACACCAACGCCUCCACCGCCACCGCCAGCAACCGAGCAGAAGGAUGCACGGCCGCCCACACCACCACCGCCAGCGGCACCGCCCGUUGCACCACCAGCAACGGCGGUGGCGGCGAUCGUGCCCAAACGGCGGCCAACAAUCGUGAGCUCCUCCUCGUCCUCCGCCACUACCACCGGCACGUGUCUGCGGGUAACCGAGGGGCCGGCACCGUACAUCGGCCCCCGCCAUGGCCACGUGCUGACGAACGCGGAACGGAAGGUGUACCCACCGACGCCGCCACCACUGCCGCCCACCAACACCACCCCCGCGGUCGACUCAAAGUCGGCCGCAGAGGAGGAGGAUGACGAAGAGGGGGAGGAGGAGGAGAAGGAGCAACAUCAGCAACAGGUCCCGGUGGAGCGGGAGGGAGCGAGUGACAGCAAGAAGAAGGAGUCGUCGGGCAAGGUAAUUGUGCGCGACGACCCCGCAACCAUCC